AAAGAUGGGGUUGCAUUUGGAGGGUCAUACUCCCCUGAAACGGCAAGAAUUAUCGGAACAGGACCCGAGAAAAUCCCAGGAGGAGAGUAAGCAGCGAUGGUUGUCGAGAGGACAGAGGACAGAGAGGACACGUCGCAAUUUGUAUAGACGGUAGAUUCGGUUUGGUUCGGUGCGGUUCGGUUCGGUGCGGUGCGGUUCGGUGCGGUGCGGUGCGGUGCGGUGCGGUUGCCGUGUUGUAAUCGUGCAUCAAUUCACGUUCGGCCGUUCCUUUGGAUUUCUCGCGCGUUCCUGAACGGCGCGCGCGUUCUCCGAGCUACCGCAGACUAUCCUUGGCGCACACAACCCUUCUUUCGGGUUGUUCGUGCUGCAUAUAGUGCUGCUUUUACGCGAGAGGUAUACGAUCCGCGUUAUCGUCCGCAACAGGUGUGCUCAGCGAAUAGCUUAAAAGCGAUCGUAGAAAGAGGAAAGGAACGAUAAUCGAGAUUUUCUCGUUAUGUUUGCCAAGUCGAAACGGAGCAACGAAAUACCGAAUGUUCUACUGACGGAUCCGUUGCAAAAUUUAUACGACGUGGGAAAACAGUCGGCCACAGCUGGUCCGGAGAACGCGUGGCGUAUAUACGAUGGACGCAGGAAAGCGGACGGAAAGGAAAUAUCGAUAUUUUUAUUCGACAAAAGAUCGGUCGAAAAGCCUAAUAAACUUAAGCGUAAAAAAGUAAGCGUGACGGACAUUUUAAGAUAUGGACUACAACAACUGGAAAGUUUCCCUCAUCCAAAAAUCCUUCAGGUAUACAAAGUAAACGAAUACAUGAGUACUUUGGCUUUCGCUUCGGAGCCAGUGUUGGCAAGUCUUGCCAAUGUUUUGGCCUAUCAAGAGCAGCAGCAACACAUAAAUGCUCAAACGAGACAAAUUUCUUCGAGCAGCAGUCGUGCCGCCUACGCGAAAGAUUACAAUUUGUUAGAUAUCGAGAUCAAGUAUGGUCUAUUGCAGAUUACCGAGGCCCUGCUAUUUCUGCACGGAGUUUCAAAAAUUCUCCAUAGAAAUGUUUGCCCUGCAAGUAUUAUAAUCACCAAGACCGGUACAUGGAAGUUGGCCGGCUUUGAAUUUUUUGAAAAAUUCGGCGAUGGUUUUAUAUCAUUGCAACCAUGGAGCAGUAACGUGCCAAAAAUGGCACAGCCGAAUCUCGACUAUAUAGCUCCCGAGAUUCAGCAAAAGAAGGUGGGAAGCGUUUACAGCGACAUGUACAGUUUCGGCAUGACUAUAUGCGCGAUUUUCAACCAGGGACGGCCGCUUGUCCAAGCAAAUAACAGUUGUUCAGAGUAUCUGAAGCAAAUUGAGCAGCUCAAGGAAAAAGUCGCCGCGAUAUUGCCCGUAAUUCCGCUUCCUCUACAGGACGCCGUUACGCAUCUAUUGGACGUCGAUCCAGAUAAUCGGCCUAUAGCGCAGGUUUUAUCGAUGAUUAAAUAUUUUCAAGACCCUCCGGUCCACGCACUACAAUUUCUCGACAUAAGUAAGAUGAAAGACGUGGUUCAAAAAGAGCAUUUCUACACAACUACCCUAAUGGAAAUCUUGCCCUAUACCCCAAAGAAAUUGUGGUAUCAACAUAUUUGGACGUAUUUACAAAACGAAUUGGAAGGACAAGAAGUCCAAUCCGCGGUACUACAACCUGUGCUGUACAUCGUCCAGAACAGUACUCAAGAGGAGUACGAUCGGAUCUUAUUUCCAACGUUGCGGUUACUUUUGGCGAAUCGCAAAACGAUUCAAGGAACGGUAACGCUGUUGGAAAAAUUGCAUUUGAUAUUGAAUAAAACUCCUCGAGAAUACGUGCAGAAGGAAGUAUUACCAAUGUUGUAUACGUCUUUUGAGAAUUCAACAAUUCAGGUGCAGACAGCGGCGUUCGUAGCUGUGUCGAAUGUGACUCAGUACAUAGAGGACGACGCAAUUCGAAAUAUAAUACUGCCGAAAUUAGUUGUAGCCUUUCAGAAAAGUACCAUAGAUUGUCUGACACUUUUGAACGUGAUUCCUUGCAUUUUAAGUCGCUUGGAAAAGCAAAAAGUCAUAGAUUGCAUUUUACCGAUAUUGUUUAACGUGAAGUUACAAGAUCCUGAGGUGAUUGUACAGGUUGUAAAAAUUUACAGAUUAAUGUUAACCGAUAAAAAGUAUGGGCUAUCGGUGAGUUGGAUGGCAACUCGGGCAAUGCCGAGUUUGUUACCUCAAACAAUCAACCUUGCGUUAAAUCUCGAGCAAUUCGAGUUGCUGUUGAAAGUGUUGCAGGAUAUGCUUUGUCUUAUAGAGAGACAUCAAAGAACUCACUUGACUUUAGAUAAUUUGGAAAGACAUCAUCAUCGCAACUUGCGACAUCAAUAUAGUACGGAUAACGUACACGUGCCGCCUUUUAAUAUACCGAAUCUACGCAUAGAACAGCGUAAAACCUCUUCCGCCGAAGAUAUGGCCAGGAAGAGUAGUAUCGAUUCCAUAUCGAUGACAGCUUCGGCCGAGAAUAUGGCGAGAAAGAAUUCGAUAAGUGGCAUGUUUUGGUGGUCUUCGUCGAACAACGACAGUAACUUUCUCCGAGUAGCCAAUGUUUUUCCAAACAGACGUCUAUCGGACAAUACUCUGAUGGCACCGAAAAUACGAGUAGCACCGUCGUGUGCAAGUUCGCCUGGUGGCACACCGGCUGGAACCUUGGCGUUCCGGCGUCACUCGAGUACCGGUUCUCAAGAUCGUCGGGGAUCGAGUAUAAAUUUAUCUCCUCCCACGGGUGGUGGCAUGCCGAUCACCAGCAGCAGCGUUCCACAUUUGCUCAAUUCAAGUAUGAACAGUAUACGAAGCUCGAGACGUCCAUCCGUCUCCUCGACGUCCUCCCAGCAGGGCGCCGGGCUGCUUCAACAGGUCGGAACAUUCGGAACGAGCAUGGUAAGACAACAACCCCCAAUCUGCCUCAACCUCAAUGGACCACCAUUACAACCACCAACACUUUGUCCAUUACUCCAGCUACCGGGACAGCCUUCCCACUGACCCUUCGUUAAAGUUACCAGUUUCUUAGACGUUAACGUGACCAGUUCGACGCCACUAAAACUUGAUCCGAAAUGACGGCGUAUUUGUGAUAAUACUCGAAGAAAGCGACAAACGAAGAAACGAACAAGGAAGGAAAAUACAAACUAGGACAAUCCGUGUUUCCCGAGAGAGCACACGUAGCCUAAACAUUCAUCGAUGAGAAUGUUUCCCAACGAACAACACUUUUAUAUUCUUCGUUGGAGAUCGAAGGUUUCUAGACAUUAUAAAAUGGCCUAAUCUCGAUCGUAGCUCGUAUCAUUUCUACGUAUCGACCACCGCUCUUCUAUUCUAUCGUACCAAGUAUAUACGAGAGAGUAGAGGCGUAUCGUCCGCGUACUUCUAUACGCAUCGAAAGUAUCGUUACAUUACGUCCUUCCUAUGCACACUUUCAAGUAAUCGUAGCCUAAUCAAAGAUGAGGUUGGAUCGGCGAGAACCUUUUCUUCUUUUUUCUGUUUCUGCGAUAGUUUAUUCGCAAUCUCAGAACUUUAUGUCAAUUGUUGUGUACUACAAAUGUUGCGUAAAAAAAAAAAAAAAAAAAAAAAAAUAA